GGAGAUCCCCAAAAAGAACUUGGAUGUUUUCUUUUCUCUUUAUCAUCUUUUUUAAGGAAACCAAGUGAGGACAAAUAUCAUACCUCGUUUUUUUAACAUAAACGUUACAAUAUUUUUUGUUCGGCGGGGGAAAAAGGAUAUCUGUAUGCAUCAUAUUUUCUAAAUCGUACGAUAUCUAAGUCACUACGUUAAUUUCCUUUAUAAAUCAGUUUUUGUUUUGAAAAUUGGCGCAGCAGAAAUGGAAUUAUGGUGAAUUUAGCUGACCCUACUCAAAGCGAAAAAACGAGAAGCUUAAACAAAUCGUGACGUUUGAUUUUUUUUUUAAUCGUAACGUCAUGAAGUGAUCAUGAAUUGCACAGACAGUCAGUGGUGCUAAAAUCAAAAUCCUACAUCGCUAGUUUUAAAAUUGGCUGAAAUUUAUACGAAAUAAACUCGUAAAUCGACUUGUGUUUCGCUUUCUUCGGGUGAUGUUCUAAAAAUAGAAUCGGUAUAUUAUGGGAUGCUGACAGCGACAUCUAACCAGACAUGGACGCUCCAAACGCGAUGGCCGUGGAAGUUCCAAGUGGUGAAAACUAUGAUUUUGAUGGCUAUUUUGAGCCAUAUGAAGGCUUUGACCUAGGAAUGUCAGAGGAAGAAGAGGACUUUCUUGAUGACAUUAUGGCUGAUCCUGAUUAUGUGCAGUCAGAUGAUGACCAUAUUGAAAGUGCUGACUCCCAGGAUUCAAGUUUUAUGGGAUCUCAGGAACCGCUUGGUAGCAUCUAUUGGCAGGAUGAGACAGUAGAUGAUGAACAGUGCCCUGACAACAAACAAACCCAAUUUACACCCAAUCUACCACCAGGGGUAAAUACAGGGAGACUGAGAAAGAAUUCCCUUAAGACUAAAACACCGAUGGAUUUCUUGAGGUUAUUUCUAACAUCACAGCUAAUAACAUCCCUGUGCAUUGCAACCAAUCACUUUGCUGAGUCUCUUGUUAAUAAAGGCAAAUUCACCUCCUAUGCCCAGCCGGAUGGAACUUGGUGCAGAGUGACAGAGGAAGAAAUGUAUAAGUUUAUAGGUAUUAUCAUAUACAUGUCCUUCACAAAGAUGUCCACUAUGGAUAGAUAUUGGGCCUCAAACUACUUGUAUCGUUUCAAUCCUGUGCCUCUCCUACUUCCAAAGAGACGUUUCCAGUCCAUCCUGGCGUUCCUACAGAUAACACCUCCAGCAGACAUUGAUAAAAGUGACAAACUCACUCGAAUUACACCCCUUCUAGAUCAUGUCAACGCAGUAUCCCAGGAAUUGUUCCAACCCUUUCGUCAAAUAGCAGUAGAUGAGAGAAUGGUUGCUUCAAGACACAGAUUUUCUGGAAUACGCCAGUUUAUAAAAGAUAAACCUGUGAAGUUUGGCUUAAAGUUGUGGAUACUUGCUGAUACUCAAACUGGAUAUACCUAUAAUUUUUAUGUGUAUUUAGGUAAAAAACGGUCAGAAAUUAUUGACAAGGGAAAGGGUUUAGCUUACAAUGUUGUUUUCAAACUUAUAUCUCCUCUGUUGAAUCAAGGCUAUCACUUAUUUGUAGAUAAUUUUUAUACAUCAUUGAAUUUGAUUAAAGACUUGCUAGCCAAAUCCACCUAUCUCAUAGGUGCGGUACGCAAAAACAGUACAGCAAUGCCACUGUGUUUCAAAACAUCUGUUGAUCAGUGGGAAAAAGCUACAAGUAGAGGCGAUUUCAGAUGGCAUAGACAAGAUGGUUAUGUAACUGUACAGUGGAAAGAUUGUAGAACUGUUACGAUUGUAUCUCCAAUUCAUAAAGGCUCAGAUAUUACAUCAUGUGUACGUACUGUUAAACAUAGAACUGGUUUUAAGAAAACCAAUGUGUCACAGCCUGUUGUUGUAAAUUCUUAUAAUCAAGGUAUGUUAGGUGUAGAUAAGAGUAAUCAAUAUGUCACACAGUAUUCUUCAUAUUUGAGAACUAAAUUUCAUUGGUGGAAAGUUUUAUUUUUUCACUCCAUUGACAUUAUGAUUGUUAAUGCCUUUGUAUUGUAUAAGCAAUCAGCUAGUAAUUUGCCAUCUCAUUUUGGACAACUUGAAUUUAGGGAAUGUAUUUUCCAAUAUAUAUAUGAUAAAUAUGGAAAGCAAGAAAAGAUAAAUGAAAAUCAAUGUUUACCUGUUGUUACUGAUAAGAGAGUAGAUUGUGUGAUGUGUAAUGCUAAAGCUAGUAUACAGCGAAUUCCUUUGCCAAGCAGGAAAACAUUUAUCAAAUGUGAACAGUGUAAUGUUGGUCUUUGUCUUAACAAAGAAAGAAAUUGUUUCAAGUUGUGGCAUAAUGGAAGUGAUGAGAGUGUUAGAGUUCAAGAUUGGCAUAGGAAGAAAGGUAACUACAGAAAGAGGAAAUAUGAGGUACAUCAAUGUUAAACAUAUACAGAAUUUACUGAUGCAGUUGUUUUCCCUAUAGGAGCAAUCUGUAUGUUCAUUUUCUGAAAUUGGAAAAUAUUUUUCAAAGGUUUAUUACAAAUGGAAAUCUCAAAAAUGUUACUUGAGUUUCUUAGAAUAUGUUGUUACUAACAAGUCAUGAUAGAAUUGCAACUGUAUUUCAUAAAAAAGGUGAUCAUCUCUUUUCAUUAAGUAAUAACUCACCAAUACUUUAUUAUGGGUAGCAACAUUGUAUGUAAGAACAUAUUGUUUUAAAAUCUAAUUCAGUUUUCAACAAGGACAAGAUAAAUUAAGGAGUUGAUAAGUAAUUAGUUGACUUUGUUGAAAGGAGCUUAUAAGAGAGGUGGUUACACCAAGAACAUGUCUGUAAUAAAAUAAUGGAUUAUCUCCCUUGUUUUGUGCACUUCGGUAUGAUAACUCCAUAUACAUAGGUACAUAACUUUAUCAUUCAAUUUUUAUUUACUUUUUCCAAAAUAAUGUAUUUGGUCCAUCAAUGAAAAAAAACUUAUAAAUCCAAUUUUUAUUUCAAACUUGCAGCAAUGCUUAAUGCACAUCAAACUUUCAGCAAUGCUAAAUGCACAUGAAGAACCCCCGAAGACC